GUGAGCAAGACACCAUUUUUAAGAAAGAUCCUCUUGAGAAAAGAGGGAGAGAGAGGAUGGCGAAGGGCAUAGCUGAAGUGGGUGUUGAAGAAUUGGCUAAGGCUGGAGGUUUAAGCGCAGAAGAGGCUAAGGAAAUCCAUAAAGUUAUCAGACAAGCCAUAGCAGCAGCAGAAGUCAAAGGAUCCGACCCAAGAGAGGUGUGGCGGCAACUGGUGGCCAGGAGAGUGCUAAAGCCAUGGCACCCACACUUGCUGCAUCAGCUCGUCUACUACUCUGUCUAUGCCCAUUGGGAUUCCUCCACUAAUGGCCCUCCCCUUUACUGGUUCCCUUCCCUAUAUCAAUCUAAACUUACAAAUAUCGGACGUGUAAUGGAAACUUAUGGUCCAAAGCUUUUAGGGACUUCGUACAAGGACCCAAUUGCAAGUUUUAAAAUCUUUAGGAAAUUCUCUGUUGAACAUCCUGAGGCUUAUUGGUCGGUUAUGCUAAAAGAGCUAUCAAUUGUGUUUCGGGAAGCUCCAAAAUGCAUCCUAGAUACCUCAGACAAGUCAAAACCCGGGGGUCGAUGGCUUCCAGGUUCAGUUUUGAAUAUUGCUGAAUGUUGUUUAUUACCCUCAAGUCAUCCAAGAAAAGAGGAUGAUGAUUGUGCUGUUGUAUGGAGAGAUGAAUGGUGUGACAACUCUGAAGUGAGCCGCAUGACAUUAAAAGAAUUCCGACAACAAGUAAUACUGGUGGCAAAUGCACUAGAGGCAACAUUUUUGAGGGGUGAUUCAAUUGCAAUUGACAUGCCAAUGACAGUCAAUGCAGUGAUCAUAUUCUUGGCUAUUAUAUUAGCUGGAUUUGUUGUGGUAUCAAUAGCUGAUAGUUUUGCAGCUAAGGAAAUAGCAACACGUCUACGAGUCUCUAAUGCAAAGGCUAUCUUCACUCAGGAUUUUAUACUAAGAGGAGGUCAGAAGGUUCCUUUAUACAGUCGAGUUGUUGAAGCUGCGCCACAUAAAGCAAUCGUUCUCCCUGUAAGUGGGAAUGAUUUAGGCAUCAAAUUAAGAGAACAGGAUAUAUCAUGGAGAGAUUUCCUAUCCAAUGUCAACCAACAUCCAAGACCAACAUAUUACUCUCCAGUUUAUCAGCCAGUUGACUCCACAAUAAAUAUACUCUUUUCAUCCGGAACUACAGGAGAUCCAAAAGCUAUUCCAUGGACACAACUUUCCCCAAUUCGCAGUGCUUCCGAGACAUGGGCUCACCUCAACGUUGGGGUUGGAGAUAUUUACUGCUGGCCCACAAAUCUAGGAUGGGUGAUGGGACCUUCUGUACUUUUCUCAUGCUUUUUGACUGGUGCAACACUUGCUCUCUACCAUGGUUCUCCUCUAGGCCACGGUUUUGGAAAAUUUGUUCAGGAUGCUGGAGUGACAGUUUUGGGUACAGUUCCAAGCUUAGUAAAAACUUGGAAGAAUACAAACUGUAUGGAAGGCUUGGACUGGUCAAAGAUAAAAUCCUUUGCCAGCACUGGAGAAGCCUCUAGUGUUGAUGAUGACCUCUGGCUUUCUUCAAAAUCUUAUUAUAAGCCCAUUAUUGAAUUUUGUGGAGGCUCAGAACUUGCAUCAUGCUACAUCCAAGGGAAUCUGCUGGAGCCACAGGCUUUUGGAGCAUUUAGUGGUCCAUCAUUGACAGCAGGAUUGGUUAUCCUUGAUGAACAUGGAGUACCAUAUCCAGAUGAUCAAGCUUGUGUUGGUGAAGUGGGUUUAUUCCCUCUGCACCUGGGAGCAACCGAAAGAUUGCUUAAUGCUGAUCAUGAGGAAGUUUAUUACAAGGGAAUGCCAAUGUACAAAGGAAUGCGCCUCAGGAGGCAUGGGGAUGUUGUUAAGAGAACAGUUGGGGGCUAUUAUAUAGUCCAAGGCAGGGCUGAUGAUACUAUGAAUCUAGGAGGCAUUAAGACGAGUUCUGUUGAAAUUGAGCGCGUAUGUGACCAAGCUGAUGAAAGCAUCCUGGAGACAGCUGCAAUCAGUGCAGCACCACCAGGUGGUGGCCCAGAAAUGUUGGCAAUAUUUGUGGUGCUAAAGAAAGGAUUUGAUCACCAACCAGAUAAGUUGAAAAUAAUGUUCUCAAAAGCCAUUCAAAGGAACCUCAACCCUUUAUUUAAGGUGAGUUAUGUUAAGAUAGUCCCAGAAUUUCCCAGAACUGCUUCAAACAAACUAUUGAGAAGAGUUUUGAGGGAUCAAGUGAAGCAAGAACUCUCAGUUCAAAGUCGAAUUUAAUGCCAACCUUAGCUGUUCCUUAAAGCUGUAUGUUUGUUUAUGUUUGAAUUUUACCUAAAACUUGCGGCCUCAACCGUCUUUUCUCUAUUGAGAAAGAGAUGGUUUUCCCCUGCAUACUGUCUUGUGAUCCAAGAAAGCUUGUGUUGUACUGUUAUAAUAAUAACAUAUCCGAUAUAUUACCUUUUGAUGAAUCUUAUAAAAGGACGGUACAAGC